AAUAAGCAUAUUCAAUCAAUUCGAAUGCUUUCAUAAUUAUAAGAGUUCCUCUUACAAGAGGAUUGCAUCACCAAAUUGGUCGUACUUGCCUGCUCGAAUCCAUUUCGCAAAUGAUUAUGUUAUGAUAACAAAUGCCUAUAUACAGAUUUGGCAACGGCAGUGGCGAUAGAUUUGACAGUUAGUCUACCAUAAACUUUUGCCCGUCGAAUUGCUGGGUAAGUAUUUUGAAGAAAGCGUGUUCUAUAAAACAUGUGUGUUGGCAACUCUAAUACGGUGGAAACAAUUUUGAGCAAUAUUCUGAGAAAACCUCACAACUGGUUUGUGAGGAAAAAUUGAUGAGGUUUAUUGUGAGGUUAUUUUUAUUCAAACCUCACAAAACAAAAACACAAAAUUCACCACACGAGGUUAAAAGCAUUUUGGUGUUUAACUGUGUUUUUUUUUAAAUAAACAAAACAAAAUAAAGAAAUGGGCAGCAAAGAAAAGAUUUCAAAAUUUAAAAGAACAACUCAGGAGCAACUACAGCUUUAUAUAAUGUUCUGCAAGCAGCAUCCUGAGUUGCAACGAAAGAAGCAGACCAGCCCUCAUAAGCUGCAAAUGUUGUGGUCGGAAUUAGCAGAAACAUUAAAUGCCUUAAAAGGGCCAACACGCACAGCAACCAAAUGGAAAGAGACGUUAACGCACUGGAAACAUCAGUUGCGUAGCCGAGCGCGAAAAGAUAAAGCCCACCCGCAAAUUACUGGUGGAGACCCUCCGGCAGUUGGAGUAUCAGAAUGUGAGGUGCAGGAAAGUUCAACCUUUGAGACAGCAACGGUUGAUGGAGUGCCGAGUUCGGAUCACCAGGUAUUGUCGCCGUUGGACACAACAACGGACACCGUUCCUGCUCCAUCUCCAUCGCCAGUUUCUGCUCCAGCUUUUCCUGCUAUAUAUCUCCGCACUUUACCUUCGUCACCUUCACCUCCCACUUCACCACCUCUUAUCGAAUAUUCUCCUGAUGUAUCCCAUUCUAGGUUAUCUCCUCCCAUCCCACCUUCUCCUACACCAUCAACUUCUGCUUCAGUCAUUUCUGAAGCCCCCAAACCAACAGCAGUGAAAAUGCUUGGAAAGGUACUAAAAAAAUUGAAGGCGCAUGAGAGACGGGAAGAGCGGGCCAUUUCCCAACAACAAAAAAUUUUAGAGCAAAACGAACAGUUGAUGGGUGUCUUAAUGCAGAUGACACGGGAGAGACGAGAGGAGCUGCAAAAGACCUCGGAGCAAAACCUACAAUUGACGGGGGUAUUGAGCCAAAUGACGCAAGCACUAACAGCUAUGACAACAGUGCUCAAUAACCUUACAGAAAAAUUAAACCACUGAUCACAAUGCAUUGACGCAUAUCACCCAGGGAGAACCAUUUCAUUUUGCCUCAUCUGUGUGUUCUUAUAAUAAUUAGGAUUACAUAUUUUUAUAUGAAGUAUUUAUCAGAUCUUAUAUUAUUAAAAAGUU